AUGGCUACUCAAGGGAGUGUUGGUUCGAAAGAAUCAGUUGCAUCUUCCGUUCUCAUACAACGACUUGCUUCUGUCCUUCCUAAAGACGUCACUUUUAAGAUCUACCAUCUAUCUACCCCUCCAACCAAAACCUCAUCAUUAUAUUCUGCACCACCGAAUAGUCGACCCGAUAGAACUUACUGCGAAAGCCAUUUUCUUACAGUUUCAAUUAGAACUCCUUCUAAACAAGAUGCAUCUGAAUUACUCGAAGUACUAGUUUUUGCAAUCGAGAUCCUGAUUUAUUCCACCGCAUACGAUACUACAUUUUUUGUUUCAAAGGCUGAUUCAACUGGUUAUCUUCACCUUCUAAAUCUACCCAAAGGAACGCCUUCUCCCAUAAGGGAUAUCAGUGCUACAUUCUUACAACAUUUAGUCGAGCAACAUCAAAGGGAAAAUAUUCAAAGUAUUGUCUCCCUUUUCGCACGAGCUCAAGAUCAAUAUCUCUUCCCAGGGAGCAUUGAAUAUAGUGGAAAGCAUGUGUUGGACGACAGAGGCUUGGUGCGCUGGUGGUGUCGAGUUCUUGACCCCCUGAUAGAGCAGACGGAAACCUCGAAUGAUUUGCGAAAAUCACAAUGGGACUCGGUGAAGGGCUUUUUAAUUGUGCCUGGGCAGGACAAUUACGAGACCAGGUCAUAUCUUCCAGCAAGAGCAAAGGUACAGACUGCGCAGAGCUCCUGGACCAUUGGGCACCCACUUCGACAAAUUUCAAGACAUGCAGACGAUGUUCCUCCACGAUGUCUAGUCCCACAUUAUCCUGACGAUCCAAAAGCAAGAUUUCUUGACGAAUUGGAUGAUGAAAUAGGAAGGGGAAAGGAUGAUUCGAAUGGACAAUGGAAGAGUGUGAGAAAUAUUGAUCAAUUUUGGGAGAUGAUGGCAUAUAGACAAGAAUGUUCAGCCGGUCGACUUGUUGGAUUUAUAUGGAUUGUUUUUACACCACCAGUUCGACAUGAUCACGGAGGUCUUGUAAUUGGCAGCAGCCAAACUUCAACAUUAGCUAACAAUAAUCAAGAGCUCAGCUCAUCGUUUCUAUCUAUUCCAGACACUACACCAGCCAUUUCCACUCCAACGACAGCGUUUACUAGCUCGAAUCCAGCUCAGCAGUCACCUUCGAAGCGAAGUGAUGUUUUUUCAGUCGUUAAGGAACCUAGUCAUUUGUCAAAGACUUCCGCCCAACGCAAGAAGAAAAAAUUGUCUGGGCUUAUCGUUCCCAGACAGCCACGCAUUAAGACUGAGAAUAAAAAUUACUUGUUAGAAAGACCCGAGAGUACCGCAUACUAUACUUGGAAACCAGAAGGUCGCGGUCAAGUUAUCGUUGACGAAACGGAUUAUCAUCGAAUUAAUGAAUUGCUGCUUCGACUAGACUUUGCCGAUCUAGACCUAGCAAGUUCGAGUUCGAAAAGAUGGAUCAACGAAGUCCGUUCCGGUGCUGGAAGCAUGGGCGAUACAUGGGGCCAAUUAGUCACAGGAACCAAAGUAACAGAGAUUACAAAUGAGACGAGUGGCGGAGGCGUUACAACUCUUAAUGUAGGGCUUGUGCGAAAGAAAAGGAAAUCGAGCACAGAUGAGCCCCACGAGCCCACUCCUACCGUGACAACGACCCCACAGGUCAAUGUGCUUGGAGCUGUCUUAGCAUCGACAGUCUUUAUCGUUACCAAUGCUCUCGCUCUGAGUACCAAAACUACACAUUCAAGCCCUACUGCAGCUCCAACGAUUUUGCAGCGUGAUGCGACUACCACUGCUUCACCUGCAUCCACAAGUCCACUUUAUUUUCUAACGACGAAUUACAUUACCAUUGCGGGGGUAACAAAUGCACAUGUGACUAUCCCAGCCAAAACAGUAUCUUUUGCAGUUCCUACCUGCAUAGAAACACUUACGCCGGACAAAAAUGGAUAUCUGCCCCCGGGUACAUGCAACGCUCUCUAUGAUUAUUAUCCUAGCUCUACAUCAGCUAUAGCUUUCGCUGCCAUCUUCGGAGUUCUUACUCUAGCUCACAUCACACAAGCAUUCUUUUACAGGAAGGCAUAUAGUUUUCUCAUGGUUUCAGCAUCCAUCUGGGGUCUCACCGCCUUCAUACUCCGUAUUGUAUCAACCUACAACCAACAAGAUAACGUCCUUGAACUCAUGUCUUCCAUCUUCGCUUCGACUAUCUCGCCCUUGAUCAAUGCCUAUUACUUCAUUCUUCUAGGACAUCUCGUACAUCACUAUCUCUCAAGUCGUUCUCUUCUUGGUAUUCGUGCUCAUUUCAUCGCGCUCCCAUUUUUAGUGUUGAAUGGAGUGGCCUUUGUGCUAGAAAUUGUGGGUGCAACAAUGAUGGAAAAGAGGAAUUUCGAACGGGAACAGAGGAAUGCAGAUCAUGUUCACAUUGGAGGCUUGGGCAUGCAAAUGCUGGUAAUUCUUAUGUUUUUGGGCGUGCUUGUGACAUUUUGGAGAGAAAUGAAUGGGCUAGGACGAAGGGGUGUUAUGGGAACAGGGUGGAAGGGCUUACUGGGAGCAAUGUUCGGAGUGUUAUGUCUUAUUAUGAUCCAGAUAUUCUUCUCCAUCGCUCGAUUCUCCAUCGGAGACAAGACAGCGAGUUCCCUCUCCACCCAUGAAGUAUAUUUCUACAUCUUUGAAAUAGUCCCGGCAGUUCUAGCUAUAAGCAUCAUGAAUGCACUUCACCCUGGUCGAAUCAUGACAGGAGAAGAGAAAAUGGAGAGUCUUUGGAGUGUUCUCAUGUGUUAUUUACCUUUCUGUAGAUCGAGAAGUAAAGCGAGAAAAAACAAUGAUGCGGGCUCGAUUGCUAGCUCAAAAGAAUUAAUUGAUUUAGAUGAGGAGGGGUUUGAGGGGAAAUUUGAUAAGAACGAUGAACCGCCGAGUAAUUCCAAAAUGUUACGACAUCCUACCAUCUUGGAGCCAGGGAUAAUGGUGCAGACAGUGAAGGGAAACGAAGUCACUCAGCGAUGGGGACUCCCGACUCCCUGUGAAUGUAAAGGCCGCGACAAUACUGCAGACGUCAUAGUCUCAGCCAUUGAGUUCUGGAAACCUUCCGCACGUUUAAAGCUGUUGGAUCUCGGGGUAUCUCAAUUUUACUGGACUGAAUCUGCUCAUAGGGUCUUUUCCGUCAAAAGAUCUUGGAAUUUUGUGCGAGUCACAUUCAAAGAACAGGCCCUAUCCUAUCACAUCCAUAAUGAUGGUAGAUGGCAGCUACUGGCAUCUGGUGGGUUGGGCUUUGAGCAGAUUUGCACUACGGAUCAUGAUGAAGAAAACUGGCAUAAGUGUCAAAUUUCGAAAAGUGACCGAAUAUUGGCUGGUAGAUUGGGUAGCUACCUCCCCUGGCACCAAGAACGUCUCAAAGAGUUCAAAUUCGAGUGUUACAUCACUGCGCACAAUGGAAUAUGGAUAGCCAUCGACAGAUUAGAGGCUGCUGGCGGCGCGGCGAACAAAAACUCGGCUCCAAAGCGAGUAUCCUUACAGUCACACAGCGAUACCGAAAUUGAGACCACAAUCAAUGCCACUGCCACCAAGAAAACGGAUCAAACUCAUCUGCAAGGAACAAAGAAGAGAAAGGGCGUAGCAGAAUGA